UGUGUUGUUCUAAAUAAUCGCGGAACCUGUGAGCAAAAACUGAAGACUCCGCGCACCUACUCGGCUUCUGACACGGAAGACGUCUCCGAGGUCAUCUCGCUCAUUCACAGCCGCUAUCCGGAUGCUCCACUCACGGCCGUCGGUAUCUCCUUGGGCGCGCUCAUCCUCUUCAACUACAUCUCCUCCUUCGGUGAAGCUGCCAGCACCUCGACGGAGGAGGAAGAAGAGAAGGCCAACGAACUGCAACUCACGCCCAAGAUGGAAAAUGGCGGCAAAAAGUGUCCCCUGCGUGCCGGCAUGUGCAUUUCAAUGCUCUGGAAGCUGGGCGAGUCCUCAGCGAGUUUGGAAAAACCACUCGACUGGCUGCUCUUCAAUCGUCCACUGACCAACCUCCUCUGCAAGAUUGUUCACAGAAACGCGGAAGUACUGUCGGACAAGUUUGACGUUCCCCGAGUUCUCCGGAUCUCUUCUUACUAA